AUGAAUCAAGAUUUGCUUCUUUGCAAUAAUGUGGAUGAGGAUGAGAGAUGGGCAUGUGUCAGAGCGGUGAAACUAAACGAAUCCCCUUUUGAAAACACAUUUAUCCCAUUGACUUACGUCUAUUUAUUCUUGAAAAUCGUGGCCACACCAAUUCUCUUUUAUGGCUUUUAUUUGGCUGCAUUUUGCUCAUCGCAUCUAACGUCCAACAUUCUCAAAUAUCAUGUGCUCAAUUUUCAGAUAAUCAGCGCUUUUUGGGAUAUUUUAUGCUUUUUCAUCACUGAACCACACGGAUUUUUCCCGCUAAUCGCUGGUGAUUUUCGUGGAAUCGCCUACAAAUGGUUUCACAUUCAUCCAUUCAUUUGUGUGAUUGCACUUGUCGUCAGCGCCUCACUCCUCCCCGCCGCAAUCUUUCAAACGCUUUUUCAGAAGAUUCAAAUCCUUCUCUCGCCUGGUCAUCCAUUCAAAUUAAAAAAGGAAAACGUUUGUCUUGAUUUUAGUCAAUAUCCAUUCAUCAGCGAUUUCUUGAAUCAACCACAAAUGUUAGCAAUGACAUAUCGAGAUGAUUGGAUAGCAAAUGCUUGGGUGACAACGAUCUUCUGGUUGGGAAUGAUUUAUAUGAUUGGAGCAAUCACUAUCGCUUUAGCCUCUUGGCUUUAUGUGAACAAUCGAAAUGGAAGCCUGCUCUCGUGUCCGAUCGUUCGUGCGACAACCAUCUCCGAUCCGAUUUACGAUGGAGUACUAAUCGUGUCGAAUUGUGUGAACACCGCUAGUCAAUAUCAACCACUCAAAACGAUCGGACAAACGCUUAUCGAUUAUGCAUCGCUUAACAAAUCCGUGCACUCAACCGCCUCACUCAUCCCAGUCUCAAAAUCGGAAGUGCCAAGCGGCCGAUUGAUCUUUUCCGGGACGGGACCAUUGGAAAGAGAUUAUGACGACGUGAGACGCUUCUCCCAGGCUGCAACGAGAGCUAUGAAAUUAGCUCUUUCGGCCGGUCUCCGUUCUCCACUCCUUGUCACCGUCCCAAAUGCGGCUCAUCCGCAUGCGGAAUUCGUUUCCGCUCUCGGCGCUCUCAUGCCAUCAUACACUCCACUCAACGUUCGCCUUGAGGAAAACAAGCAAAAACUCGAGAGAAUCGGAUUACUAUCAGAGUGUACAUCGAUCGACAAAUUGCUGCUAGCCAUGGAAGAGGCGUUCACCGUUUCUCGAGACGUCGGAGAAACUGAUCCACAACGAAUGGCUCCACCCCGAGUCGCUGACUACAUCGAGGAAGCCUUUUCGGGCAGUUCGAUUAAAGUGGAAGUGACGUCGGAUCAAGAUGAAAUCGCUAAAGAAUACCCAUUGAUGGCAGCCGUGAAUCGAGCGGCUAGUGGGAUCAAAGAGCAUCAUGCGCGUCUCAUUCGACUCGAGUACAAUCCCGAAGGGAAAAUCGAUGAGACUUAUUUCUUUGUCGGAAAGGGAGUGACCAUCGACACCGGUGGUUGUGAUCUCAAGGUGAACGGAGUGAUGCACGGAAUGUGCCGUGACAAGUUCGGAGCCGCUGUCGUUGCCGGUAUCUUCAAGAUUCUUGAUUUGUUGAAACCAAAAGGAAUCAAGGCGAUCGGCUACAUGUGUAUGGUGCGUAACAGCAUCGGCUCCAAAGCGUACACCUGUGACGAAGUGAUCACCGCUCGAUCGGGUCGUCGAAUCCAUAUUUACAAUACGGAUGCCGAAGGGCGGAUAACGAUGCUUGAUCCAUUGACGCGCGCAAAAGACGAGGCUUUGCACGAGGCGAAUCCCCAUCUUUACACCCUUGCCACACUCACUGGCCAUGCCGCAUUGACCUAUGGAUAUUAUGCGGCUUUCAUGGACAAUGGACCGGCAAGGCAUGCCCGCACAACGCACAAGAUCCAAAGUGCUGGCGAUGCUUACGGGCAACCCGUCGAGAUCAGUCGAUUACAUUUUGAGGAUUACGAUUUCCACAAUGCCGAGGGCGAACAAGCCGAUGUGCGUCAAGGGAACACGAGACCCUCAGUGCAGACAUUGAGAGGACACAUGACACCGGCCGCUUUCCUAAUAAAAGCUUCCCGCCUCGAUGAGCACGACCAAAGCUCGGCCAAUCCACUCAAAUUCACCCAUAUUGACAUGGGAUCUUGUUGUGGAGAGCAUCCAACAACAUCAACACCCAAUCCAUUAGUGGCUCUUACGGCUGGACUCAUCCUUCCUCGCCUG